GAAGGUAACUAGAAGCUUCCACAUACUAGCAAUAUGUUACACAUGCAUUGGGCCCAGUGACAUAUGUAUUUCUCUUUUCCCAAAUUUGUUUCAUUUGUAAAGUUUUUUUUCUCUCUCUUCUCUCUCUCUCUCGUACGCUCCCUCUCUCUUUCUCACCAUCUCACACUUUCAUCUCUCCUCCCUGUCUCAUCUCCUCCACCACCGCAUCCACCACAGCCUCCACCACCACCUACAAAUCAAUCUCCGAAUCAGAACGUCCUCUCCGCUUCCGGUGAUGCCGCCGUCAUCAGAAUCAUGUUAUUCUCCCUCUCAGGUUGUUGAAGUUUCAACUUCCAAAACUGGAAAACAUCAUGUUAAGUGUUGCUUUGUUGGUAUUGACAUCUUCACUGGACAAAAACUUGAAAAUAUUGUUCCUUCUACUCAUAACUGUGAUGUUCCUCGUGUCAAGCCGUCACCGACGCCUUUCCAGGAGGUGCUUGAGUGUAUGUUUGAUUACAUUAAUAGGUUGUUUAACAUGGUGCGACCUAGGAAGCUGUUGUUUAUGGCUAUUGAUGGUGUUGCAUCGAGGGCUAAAAUGAACUAGCAACGGUCUAGGCAAUUUAGG